AUGGGUAAGGUUGUAGACAAGAAAAGUACGACUGUUAUCACUCUCCAUUCCUUCAAUAUCGAGUUGAUGGCUUGGAACAAAAUCCCCACCACAGUUGAAUUUGUUGUUGAUGAACAGGAACUGGGAUCCGGAGGAUUCCGUACAGCAUUUAAAGCAACAACCCAACACCCCAUGUAUGCUAAUACCACUUGUGUUGUAAAGCGAUACUUGCCCGAAGCAAAGGUUUUAAUUCAAGAAACGAAUCAAAACAUUGAGGCACACACAAGCAGUGCAGUGCAGAUGCAUGUUUUAGCACGGAAUUUCGCACAUCAACUUAAGAGGGUCAUGGCAUCAUCAGUGGAUAGCCAGUAUGGUCCAUCUCUUCAGUAUAAUAAAGUAUAUUUUGGGAUGACCGAUGGUAAUGAAUGUGUUACUGUGGAAGAGUAUGUUGAUGGCAAAUUUAUCAAGUAUAUUAACAACGAUGGCAUCUCUUGUGUUGAGCGAUCAGAUGAUAUGUGCCAAAAGGCACAUUGCCUUGCUCAUUUUUCUUACGAAAGGUCUGAUAAGAAGCUUAUUAUCCUUGAUAUACAAGGAAGUGGUCACACACUUUUUGACCCAGAGAUAGCAACCUCUGAGUUGUUUGACAAGGAUUCUGAGAUGUUAUUUUGCAGUGGAAAUGUGUCUAUGGUUGCAAUUAAGAACUUUGCCAAAAAGCAUCAAUGUGAUAAUUACUGCAUAUCUGCUGGCCUUACAAAAUUGAAGUGA